AGCUGAUUUUGAACUGAAGAUUUUGAAUCUCUUGAAUUUUUAUUUAUUGUUUUUGUUUUUGAUUGCAUUUUUAUUUUUUCUGAGAAUAAUACGAGCAUAAUUAGCCGUUAUUUAGCAUAUUAUGUUUCUUAGCUCAAUAAGAUUAUUUAAUAGAAUAGUUUCAGAAAGUAUUCGAUUAAAUAUGACUUUGCGGCAAUCCAGUGAUAUGGCAAAGUUCCGAGAUCAUUUAGAUGUUGCAAAAGAGGUGGUUAUUCUAUCCGGGGCCGGAAUAAGUGCUGAAUCAGGAAUUCCAACGUUUAGGGGUGCUGGUGGAUAUUGGAGAAAGUAUCAAGCUUCAUCGUUAGCGACGCCAGAGGCAUUCCAUACUAGUCCAAGUUUAGUUUGGGAGUUUUAUCACUACAGGCGAGAAGUUGCAGCGAAGGCCCAGCCUAAUGCGGGUCACCUUGCUAUAGCUGAUUAUGAAAAAAGAAAUGAAGGUAAAAAGAAAAUAACAAUAAUAACACAAAAUGUAGAUGGACUGCACAAAAGAGCCGGCACAAUCAACUUAAUUGAACUUCACGGGAACUUAUAUAAAACCCGCUGCACCAAGUGUAAAGAGGUUUUAGUUAAUACCGACUCACCUAUUUGUGAGGCCCUGGCUAAUCGUGGAGCACCAGAUGCUAAUGUAGUGGGGUCAGACAUCCCAAUUAAAUCGCUACCCCACUGCAAAAUACCUAAUUGUGGUGGGCUACUUAGACCCCAUAUUGUUUGGUUUGGUGAAGGGUUAGAUCCUAAUGUGCUGGAGCAAGCAGAAGAAGCUAUGUCCAGCUGUGAUGUGUGCCUUGUAGUGGGCACAUCAUCAGUAGUAUACCCUGCAGCCAUGUUUGCCCCUCAAGCGGCACAAAGGGGGGCAAUUGAUGCUGAAUUCAACAUUGAACCUACGCCUGCUACACCAGACUUCCAUUUUUAUUUUGAAGGUCCCUGUGGCACAACACUGCCUACUGCCUUAUCCAAUUAAAUCCCAAGUAAGGCCAUAAGCAUCUAUUUUUCAUACAAGAUUUAAAACUGCAAAAAAUCCUGACCUGAUUUUGCCCAAAACAGCUUUUGGCCCAGCUUGUGUUGUUUAAAUGAGGUGGCACAUGCACUUGUUUCUGCAUAUUCUGUCUGAAAAUCCCUAAGCCCUAGUUCGCACGAGCGUUAAAAAAGCGUUGCGUUAAAACCCAGCGUUGCGCUGACAAUGCAAAAUUAAAAAAGCGUUGACGUGUGAACAUAUACUUGCGAAUGCAUUAAUUGUUCUAUUUUGAACACUUUUUAACGGACGCUAAAAAAGCUCUCGUGCGAAUGAGGCCUAAAAAUAUAUUUAUGCACGGAAAAAACGCGCAUACUGUUAUAAAAUAAGAAGGAAUUAGAUGUAUGAUUGUACUGUAUAUAGGGGUUGGUAGCUUAUAAGAAAAACCAUAGAUAUCUAGAAAUGUUUAUUGUAAUCAUAACUAUUAUUUUAUUUAAUAUGUACAAAUAAAUUAUUUUAAAUUGUU